GAUGCAACUCUAACCAAUCGCCGGCGAGAGGCCGAGCAGCCACCACGGCCGCCAUUAAAGAAAGGAAUCUGUAAAUUCAAAUGGGAAAGCUGGCCCGACAUUGAUCGUAUUAUUGGUAGUUAUCGGCUCCCAUCGCUGGGAUUGAUCUGAGAAGAAGCGGAGAGGAGCCAGGAAGGCGAGCCCUAGCGGAGGGGAAGAGCGGCUCGUGUGUGCGCAGGAGCGGAGAGACACAGGGAGGAGGAGGAGAGGAAAAUGGCGAACCUGUGAGGAAAAAGAAGCCGACAAACACCCGGAGACCGGCGGCGUGUGGCUGAGCGAGGACUCGCCGCUCUUCCUUUGUGUCAGACGCCUCUCCCUCAUCUUGCAGGCCCCAGCGGCCUCUCAGCGCUCAGGUGUCCGGGCGGUUCCCGCCAUGCUCUGCGCCCCGAGUAGGGGGACCAGCGGCGGGGGAGGGACGACUCAGACAUCGCCCGGAGACCGGCGCCUCUAAAGCACCGGAUCGGCUACUCAUUGCGCCAUUUCCACGGACAUUCCAUAGAAGGGCACGAUUAUCCCCCCACCCCCCUCUGAUCACACGUGCAGCUAUUCCGAUCAGGAUGAUGGUGUAGUGUCCGGGCAAGUGGAGGAGGAGGUCGCUGGCUGCUCACAGCUGUGUGUGUUGUGUGUCUCUUUCUUGUUCGGGGUGGGAUAAUGGCGUGUGUUCCCUGACUGUGAGGAUGAGUUCAUGUUUUGUGCCGAACGGGGCCAGUCUGGAGGAUUGCCACUCCAACCUCUUCUGUCUGGCUGACCUUACAGGAAUCAAAUGGAAGCAGUACGUAUGGCAAGGUCCCACUUCUGCUCCAAUCCUCUUUCCAGUCACAGAAGAGGAUCCCAUACUGAGCAGUUUCAGUCGAUGUCUGAAGGCUGAUGUGCUAAGCGUAUGGCGACGAGAUCAACGCCCUGGACGUAGAGAACUUUGGAUAUUUUGGUGGGGAGAUGACCCAAACUUUGCUGAUCUUAUCCAUCAUGACUUGAACGUGGAGGAAGAUGGAAUUUGGGAAAAUGGUCUUUCCUAUGACUGUCGUACUCUGCUAUUUAAGGCUAUCCACAAUUUGCUGGAGAGAUGUUUAAAUAACCGUAACUUUGUGCGGAUUGGGAAAUGGUUUGUGAAGCCAUAUGAAAAAGAUGAAAAACCAGUUAAUAAAAGUGAACAUCUGUCUUGCUCUUUUACGUUCUUUCUUCAUGGUGACAGCAAUGUUUGCACAAGUGUGGAAAUUAACCAGCACCAGCCAGUAUACAUUCUCAGUGAGGAGCACCUUACUCUUGCCCAGCAAUCUAGUAGCCCAUUUCAAGUUAUCCUGAGCCCUUUUGGAUUAAAUGGCACCCUCACGGGGCAGUCAUUCAAGAUGUCUGAUUCCGCUACUAAGAAAUUAAUUGGUGAAUGGAAGCAGUUUUACCCCAUCUCAUCCAGUGUGAAAGAGUGCCCAGAGGAAAAGCAGGAGGAAAUGGAUUGGGAAGAUGAUUCACUGGCAGCUGUUGAAGUAUUAGUUGCUGGUGUUCGAAUGGUGUAUCCAGCAUGUUUUGUGCUAGUCCCUCAGUCUGACAUCCCCACAGUUAGCUCCUCUGGGUCCACUCACUGUACAAAUACCUGUCUAGGUGCUCAAGUGCCUGCUUCCUCCAGAGAUCCAGUCAUGUCUUCAGUAACGCUGACCCCACCAACAUCCCCAGAGGAAGUUCAGACAGCAGUUGAUGUGCAAUCGGCGCAGAAGUGGAUGAAGUUUCCAUCAGUAUCAGAUUGCUUUAAUUCUGAUAGUACUAGUCAUCAUGGUGGAAAAAUACCAAGAAAAUUGGCUAACCAGGUCGUGGAUCGAGUAUGGCAAGAGUGCAACAUGAACAGGUCUCUGAACAAAAGGAAAUAUUCGGCUACUUCUAAUGGAGUGUGUGAAGAAGAGACCUCUGACAAAAUUCCAUCCUGGGAUUUUGUGGAAGCCACGCAACGAACAACAUGUACCUGUUCAAGGCACAAAAACCUUAAACAGAGAAAUUCAGGUCAACAGGGGCAGGCGCCUCCUGCAGGGCCCCAGCAGCAAGCAGCUCAAAAGCACAAGACUAAUGAAAAGCAGGAAAAGGGUGACAAGCCUCAGAAGCGCCCAUUGACUCCUUUCCAUCAUCGAGUACCUCUUUUCGAUGAUAAUAUAGAAACAGACGCUGCAAACCAGAGACUUGCCAUUCGUUCUCAAGACAGUCGAGGACGUUUCUCAAACGUUCGACCUAACGAUGUAGCAAAAACACCACAGUUGCAUGGCAAUGAAAUGAGCGGCUCACCUCCACCUCCUCCCUUAAGUCCACACCCUUGUGAGGGUCUUGAUGAGGGAGGGGAGCCUAUUAAAAACCCAUCUACACCUCAGAGUCAACAUUUUUAUCAAAUGCCAACACCAGAUCCACUAAACCCAGCAAAAACAAUAGAUGAAAGAUUAGAUGGCUUAUCUCAAACCUUUGCUACAGCAUUCACUGAAGUCAUGGAGCCAACAGUGUAUAUUGGCACUGCAGUUCAUCUGGAGGAGCAAGAAGCAGACCAUACCUGGAUGUAUUACAAACUCCCAAAGAGAAAAGAGUCAGAGUUUCUGCCUCCACCACUUCCAAGUGAUAAGCUGAAAGAUGAUGCCUUUAGUCUUUCUGUAAAGGAAAACAUUACUUCAGUCACAGAGUUAAUGGUGCACUGUAAAAAAACGCUGAAGAUUUCAGAUGAGUUGCUCCAAAAGUAUCAAAGUAAAAACCAAUAUAUACCAACAACUGUAUUAGACAGUGAGCAAGAACCUGAUCCCUAUGCAUUUGUGGAUGGCGAUGUGGAGUUUGUCUUUGAUGCUAAAAAGGAAAGGCAAAACGGUGAAAGAGAAGUAGGGAAAAAACACAAGGCGGAUGACGGCAUGUCAAAUGUUGCAGUGUUAUCGCAGGCUGAAGAUGCCAUGUCAUUAUUUAGCCCAGCAGUUAAACAAGAGUCUCAGCGACCAUCUGCUCAUGCCAGAACAGCAUCUACUAGUCUCUUUCAUGAAACUGACCUUGUUGUGUCUUAUAAUGAUCUGGAUAACCUUUUCAAUUCUGAUGAAGAUGAUCUUACGCCUGGAUUAAAAAGGAACCAGAACACCGAUGACAAGAACAAGGACUCAAAAUCUGUAAACCUAGACCCCCUGUCCUGCAUAAGUACCGCUGAUCUUCAUAAAAUGUAUCCCACUCCACCAUCUUUGGAGCAACACUUUAUGGGAUUCUCUCCUAUGAACAUGAACAGCAAAGAAUAUAACAGCAUGGACUCCACACUAGGAGCAACACUUGAUGGAAUAACUGCUCAUUUUAAAAUAGAAGUUGAGGAGGGAUUCUGCAGUCCCAAGCACACUGAAAUUAAGGAUUUCUCCUUUGUAUACAGGCCAGAGACGUGUCAAGUGAUGGUGGGGUGUUCCAUGUUUGCCCCUUUAAAGACUCUUCCUAGCCAGUGUUUGCAACCCAUCAAGCUGCCAGAUGAGUGCAUUUACCGUCCCAGUUGGACGGUUGGAAAGCUAGACCUCCUUCCUCCUGUACCUGCAAUGCCCUUCAUCAAAGAUGGGAAUAUUUCUAGUGUCAGCAGUGCAAUCGAUCAAGAAUAUGUUCAGGCUUACACACCACAAACCCAUACACCAUUUGGAAUGUCCAAUAGUGCCCCACCAAGCAAUGGUGGAGCAGGAAUCCUUCCUUCUCCUGCAACCCCUCGCUUUUCUGCUCCAACUCCAAGGACUCCACGAACGCCACGUACUCCAAGAGCAGGUGGUGGUCCAGCCAGUGUUCAGGGAUCUGUCAAAUAUGAAAACUCUGAUUUGUAUUCUCCAGCUUCAACACCAUCUACUUGCAGACCAUUGAACUCUGUAGAACCUGCCACUGUACCAUCAAUCCCAGAGGCCCACAGCCUUUAUGUCAAUCUCAUCCUUUCAGAGUCUGUGAUGAAUCUUUUUAAGGAUUGCAAUUUUGAUAGCUGCUGUAUCUGUGUUUGCAACAUGAACAUUAAAGGAGCAGACGUUGGAGUGUAUAUCCCGGAUCCUGCCCAGGAAGUACAGUAUCGCUGUACAUGUGGAUUUAGUGCUGUAAUGAAUCGAAAAUAUGGAAACGGUUCGGGAUUGUUUUUAGAGGAUGAGCUGGAUAUAAUUGGACGACACACAGACUGUGGUAGGGAAGUGGAAAAGCGUUUUGAGGCUCGAAGAACUGCAGGAACAGAUAACACUGGGUUAAGGGAUCCCGAAAAAAUGCCUGAUGAGUUGAUACUACUUCUCCAUGAUCAAUGCACUAAUUUAUUCUCUCCAUUUGGAAUUAUGGAUCCAGAGCCAAUAACCAAAACCAGCAUUGUGAGCUACACAGCUCGUGUAGAAGAACAGGACUGUUGCAAUGAUUGCUACCUGGCACUGGAACAUGGACGACAGUUUAUGGACAACAUGUCAGGAGGCAGAGUUGAUGAAGCACUUGUGAGAAGUUCUUGCUUACAUAGCUGGUCUAAAAGAAAUGCUAUAGACUCAAGCAAACAGUGUUCCCAAGACAUCCUCCGUAUGCUUCUUUCAUUGCAACCUGUUCUGCAGGACGCAGUUCAGAAAAAGCGGACUGUCCGAUCUUGGGGUGUGCAAGGGCCUUUAACAUGGCAACAGUUUCACAAAAUGGCUGGCCGAGGGUCAUAUGGAACGGAUGAAUCCCCAGAACCACUGCCAAUUCCUACGUUUCUAGUAGGGUAUGACUAUGAUUUUCUGGUGCUUUCUCCAUUUGCUUUGCCUUACUGGGAAAGACUGAUGCUGGAGCCAUAUGGUUCUCAACGAGACAUUGCUUAUGUAGUGGUGUGCCCAGAAAACGAGGCUCUCUUAAAUGGAGCCAAAAGCUUUUUUCGGGAUCUCACUGCAAUGUACGAGUCUUGUAGGCUUGGACAGCAUCGUGCAAUUUCCAAACAACUGACGGAUGGCAUCAUGCGAGUUGGGGCCACUGCAGCAAAAAAUGUUUCUGAAAAGUCAGUUACAGAAUGGUUUUCUCAGGCAGCUAAUGGCAGCAAUGAAGCAUUCACCAAACUGCGACUGUAUGCUCAAGUGUGCAAAUAUGAACUAGGUCCAUACCUUGCCUCCCAACCACUGGACAACUCUUUACUUUGCCAACCCAACCAUGCACCCUCUAUUACCCAGGUAUCAUCCUCACAGCCGCCACCACCAGUGAGCACUGGCAACCCAAGCACUCCUUCCUCCUUGACCCCUGCUCCAACAAAUAACUCAUCAGCAGCAACGCCGAACAAUAGUAGUUUGCCUUCUGCAACUGCCCCGGGUCUCCCUGCUCCUACAACUGUGGCGAAUUCCAUAACUGGAAGCAAAAGCAGCAGCUUUCCUCCCUAUGGGAGCAUGAAUAAUAGCAGCAGCUCAAUCCCAGCACCGGUUACCUCUGCCCAGAACAAUCAAGCAGGGCAGCAACCGCAGAACAUGCAACAAACCACUGGAGUGACAAGUGAACAGGCUGCAGCUGCUGCUGCUGCAGCAGCAGCUGCGUCUGAGGUGACAGAAAGUACUAUGGACCGUGAUAAAGUUGGAGUUCCUACAGAUGGGGACUCUCAUGCUAUCACCUACCCGCCAGCCAUUGUGGUGUAUAUUGUUGAUCCUUUUAAUUAUGAAAAUAAUGAUGAAGGCUCAGGUUCAUCUAGUGUCUGGACUUUAGGACUUCUCCGCUGCUUUCUGGAACUAUUGAACACUCUCCCACCACACAUUCGCAAUACAGUUUCUGUCCAGAUUGUUCCAUGUGAGUAUCUUCUACAACCAGUAAGGCAUGAAGACCGUCAGAAUUACACCCAGCAUUUAAAGUCACUAGCUUUCUCAGUGUUUACACAGUGCAGAAGACCACUUCCAUAUUCAACAAAUGUGAAAACGCUAACUGGCUUUGGACCAGGGCUUGCCAUUGAAAAUUCUCUAAAGAGUCCUGAAAGACCAGACUGCAUUCGACUCUACACACCACCUUUUAUUCUGGCACCAGUUAAAGACAAGCAGACAGAACUCGGUGAAACAUUUGGAGAGGCUGGUCAAAAAUAUAAUGUUCUUUUUCUUGGAUACUGCUUAUCCCAUGAUCAGAAAUGGCUUUUGGGAUCUUGUACAGACCUCUAUGGAGAGUUGUUGGAAACUUGCAUCAUAAAUAUCGAUGUGCAAAAUCGAGCUAGGAGGAAAAAGGGCUCUGCUCGUCGCAGUGGCCUUCAGAAAUUAUGGGAAUGGUGUCAAGGACUUGUACAAAUGAGUUCUUUGCCGUGGCGGGUAGUCAUUGGUCGCUUGGGAAGGAUAGGUCAUGGAGAGUUAAAAGAUUGGAGUUGUUUACUGAGUCGUCGCAAUCUUCAGUCACUGUGCAAGAGGUUGAAAGAUACGUGCAGGAUGUGUGGUAUAUCAGCAGCAGACUCUCCCAGCAUACUAAGUGCUUGUUUGGUGGCAAUGGAGCCGCAGGGGUCAUUUGUGAUCAUGCCAGAUUCCGUAUCAACAGGUUCUGUGUUUGGUCGGAGCACCACGCUAACAAUGACUUCUCAACUCAAUACCCCCCAAGAUACAUCAUGCACACAUAUCUUGGUUUUCCCCACAUCUGCGUUUGUGCAAGUAGCAUCAGCAAGCAACACAAAUGAGAACCUUUUCAGUUCAAAUACUGAUGGAACAGAUGGCAUGGGAAUUUUUGAUGUGCUAGAGACGCCCGAUGACUUGGAUCCAGAUAUUAUCAACAUAUUUCCUGCAUCACCUGGUGGUUCUCCAAUCCAUUCACCUGGAUCCCAUUAUCCUCAUGGAGGCGAUGUUGGCAAGGGUCAAGGUACUGAUCGACUUCUGUCCACGGAAUCCCAUGAUGAGGUGACUAACAUCUUGCAGCAACCCCUGGCACUUGGUUACUUUGUUUCAACUGUCAAAGCUGGUCCUCUACCUGACUGGUUUUGGUCGUCAUGUCCUCAAGCACAAAAUCAGUGCCCUCUGUUUCUUAAGGCCUCUCUGCACCUCCAUGUGCCUUCAGUGCAAUCAGAUGAGUUGCUACACAGCAAACACUCGCAUCCACUAGAUUCAAAUCAAACUUCAGAUGUCCUCAGGUUUGUUCUGGAACAGUAUAAUGCCCUCUCCUGGCUAACCUGUGAUCCUGCAACUCAAGACAGACGUUCAUGUCUGCCAGUUCAUUUUGUGGUGCUGAACCAGUUGUAUAACAUUAUCAUGAAUAUGCUGUGACAUUCACUAAGAAAGCUACAAGGAACACAAGGCUUUUAUUGCAUUACAGGACUACGGAAUCACAUUUGUUUUCUUUGAAGCCACUCAGUAUACAAAAUUGGCAGGAUUUACAACAGACUGGGUUGUAAAAAUACCACCACCGCCUGUAUUUGAAUAAUUGCUUCAUAAUAUGAAGCCAGUUCUACUUUGAAAGUCUCCUGGAACCUUUCGAAUCAUCUCCCGUCUCUGUUUCUGUGAGAAGGUCUUCUGUUGACAUCACGUGAAUGGAAGACCCAGGGUGUCCUAGGAAGCAAUGAUGUGUUUCAUCUUUUGACUUUUAAACAUCAAAAAGAUGUUGUGUGGAUUAUAAAACCUAUUAUCAAUAUACAGAAAAAUGCCUGCAUCUCUUAUUUAUUGUAAGUUUUUAAAUGUAAAAAUUGUCUUAUAUUUCUUAACCUCUUUUAUAAACUGAAAAAAACUUUUUUUUCCCUAGAAGGUUUAUACUGCCUUCUUGCUUUAAAGCAAUUGGUUUAAAAUAUAUGUAUUUGUCUUAAUUAAAAGUUGCAGUAGGUUGCUUUUAGAGUAUUAUUUUUUGUAAGGGGGGAGGUUGACAAUAAACAUUUGUAUUGUUUGAUGUACAGUAAAAAGGAGGGAGAAAUAGGAAGGGUAAUGUCCAUACCAUUGUGUGUGGGGGAUUUACAGCUAAGCUGUAGCAGCAGAGUACAUGUACAGUAACAAUAUACACUGUGUUUAUAGCAUUUGAAAAGGUACCGGGGUCUUAAAAAGAUUUUAUAAUCACACCUCAACAAACCCUAAUGGCAAUAUAUCAUUGAAUGUUGUAGGUGGUUUAACCUGUAGUAACAAAAUAAACUAUUCACUUUCAUUUUUGUAAUUUUGGUCCAGGGCUCUGGCUGUAUUUCUUAGAGUUGUUGCUACAAAACAGAAAAAGCAUUACUUUGUAUGAUAGAAAGAACUAAAUUUUGAUUUAUCCCCCCCCCCCCAAACUGUUUUUACGGACUGUAUUUAGUUUAAUUUCACUGGCCGAUUAACAUUAACUGCAGACCGAUAAUACCUUGAAGGCCUUGUGUUGUAUGGAAUUACAAGCGGUCUCUCUGGGGUUCAGCAAGUGGUGUUAGGGUGCCGUGUAAAUAGACUUACACAUUGUUUGGAUGAUGGGGUUCCUCAGUUUUGUUAUAUCAAUAUUUGAUCUUUAAUAGCUUGUAUUAUCUAUUCACAAAUACCUGGAAAUAAGUGAAUUGUAUUCUGAAAACCUCACUUUUUUUCUAAAGUUUGUAAAUACAGAGUUAUUUACCUUUAACACUCAUAGUUACAUGGAGGAAUCCAGUUUGCAUUUUGCGCGUGUGUGUGUAUAUAUAUACAUAGAUAUAUAUAUAUAAAUAUAUAUAUAUAAAUAUAUAAAUUUAAAUAAAUAUUUAAGAAAUAUCAAUUUUGUUUAAAAUUAAACACUUGGUGACAAAAGCUUUCAGACAUUCUUUCAAAACCGUGCAAUCAAAGAGUAUUUUACUUCAGAAAUCUCUAUAUUUUUUAUUUUUAUUUGUUUCCUAAAAGGUAAUUUGAAUGCCUCAAGAAGUAAGUUGGCAUUUCUCUUACUUGGUUAAGAUUUCUGUGGGAUAAAGAUGUUUUCUGAUGUGUUGGAAAUUUUCAAGUCUGUAAUUAAAUCAGUCAUAUUUUUAUUCAUA